AUGAAUAAUACGGGUAACAGUAAUGUUCCCGCCAAAAACGAACUUGAUUAUCCUCAAGCCGUUUUAUAUAUUCCAUCAAUUGUAGUGGCCACUGUUCUGAUUGUGUUUUUAGGUAUAUCAUUUAUUCGAUACCAUCGCCGAGUUCGUAACAAAAUGGGAUAUCUGAGAGACUAUGUGGAAAAAAAUUUACAUGUGAAACGUGAAAGGAUUCCUGGACAUGUGGUCUCUCUUAACAGACCGAGAAUCUCUUAUGAACCCGAAUAUAUAUUUCCGAGGGACCAGACGAACAACUCAAAGUUUAUCACAGGCAUCACGUUACCGGAACACAGCAUUACGAUCGAGAAUGAAAGCAGCAUAUAUUUGAAAAAGCCUCGAACGCCCAAAAGUUAUUUUGACAACGAAGGAUAUGAAGAGGACAUAAGUAGCAACAGAUUUUCUCGCACCAGAAAUUUCUCUCGUCAUGGAUACUGCGAGGUUGAGGAAGAAAAUUACGCUGCGAACGACUCGGACAAUGAAAGUCAAACAUCAAUACCGAAAUCUUGUGAAAGAAUAAGAGUUCUUAGUACCGGAAGUGCACAUGAUUCUGGAGGCGUCGAAAUUCCUGUAACAUAUUUAUGUGAAACCUGUCAAAACCAUUUAAAAACCAAAAAGCUUCGACGUCUGAUCUCAACUGAUAAAGAAGUGUUUCCGGACACAGAAAACAAAGACAGACGAUCAUCGCGUUGUGCAGAAGAAGACGAUGAUGCAUUCCAAAGAUCCCCAAAGCCAAGUACGCACAGACCCCCAACGUUUCACCAGGAGGAACCAAAAACAAGAAAGAAAAGUAUAAAUUCAAGAACUUUCCCUGAUGCAAGAAUUAGGUUGGGUGUAUUUGAAUUAGAACCACGGUGA